CACACUGAUCUGGGGUCAGUAUGUCUCCCUGUGCCGCCGCUGUUAAGGAUUGGUGCUGUCAGUUAUGAAGCUCAUCAAUAGGGUUUUAAUGAUCAUGCAUGUGGAUUAGAGUGUGACUCCGCCCACACCCGGAGCAUGAGUAUAAUACAGCAGCUCUGUCACUCCUCCAUCAGCUCAUUUCACAAUCACAGACAUGGAGCUGAAGGACUUCUGCUUGAGCGACAACUUCCACUUUCUCAACCAGCACAAUCUUCUAGAUGCAUCCACCUCCGACGACCCUCCAUCCCCGACUGACACGCCGCUCAAAGCCGACCCGCUGAGCCCUUCCUUCAGCCUGGAAAGCAGCGCGACCCCCUUCAGCCCCGGUAGCACAUCAGACAGCAGCGGCUAUAGUGUGUUUUCCAGAAACCCGUCUCUAAAUCCGGACUCUCCUGUGAGCUCCAGCUCCAUCUCCAGCAGCAGUGCUCCGGUUCUCUUCCACCCUGCGGGACACCCGGAGCACGCGCUCAUUAGCGACUACAUCCCGUCGCUGAACCCGGGGCCCAAGCGCUUGUGUCUGGUGUGCGGAGACUUCGCGUCCGGGUAUCACUACGGAGUGGCGUCCUGCGAAGCCUGCAAAGCCUUCUUCAAAAGAACCAUUCAAGGGAACAUCGAGUACAGCUGUCCUGUGGUCAAUGACUGUGAAAUCACCAAGAGGAGGAGAAAGUCCUGUCAGGCCUGUCGAUUUCAGAAGUGUCUGCGGGCCGGCAUGAUGAGAGAGGGAGUUCGCAUGGACCGGGUGCGAGGGGGCCGACAGAAAUACAAGCGGAGAGUGGAUUCAACACUGUCUGUGUUCAGCAAAACAGCAUACACACACGCAAACAAGCCCAUCCGGAACAGGCUGAUCUGUGAGCUGCUGCUAUGUGAAGUGACUCCUCUGCGAGCGGCUCCUGACUCCUCGACCCCAGACAGUGACCUUAAGACCCUCAUGACCUUAUGUGACCUUCUGAACCGAGAGCUGCUGGUGAUGAUCGGAUGGGCAAAACACAUACCAGGUUUCUGCGCGCUGUCUCUGCUGGAUCAGAUGGCUCUCCUUCAGAGCGGCUGGAUGGAGACUCUGCUGCUGAACGUGGCCUGGAGGUCUCAGGCCUUAGCAGAAGAGCUUCAGUUUGCGGAGAAUCUGCGUCUGAACGAGAGUCAGAGUCAAGCGGCUGGCCUUCACGAUCUCUACACGGCUCUCAGACACCUGACCUGCAGAUACCAGCAGAUGAGCCUCAAGCAGGAGGAGUUCAUCAUCCUCAAAGCCAUGGCUCUCGCAAACUCUGAUGCAGAGAAUGUGGAGGGAGCAGAAGCGGUGCAGUGUUUCCAGGACGCUCUGCAUGAAGCCCUGCAGGAGUUCGAGAUCAGUCAACAUCCGUCUGAAGCCCACCGCGCCGGCCGGAUGCUGAUGACGCUGCCGCUGCUCCGGCAGACGGCUAACAGAAGCGUCCGCUGCUUCAGACGCCUGCACACUGACGGACACGUGCCCAUGCACAAACUCUUCCUGGAGAUGCUGGAGGCCAAGAGCUAGAGGAACAGCACUUACAGUUCAAGGCAGAAUUAUUCGCCCCCCUUCUGGAUUUUUUUCCCCCCCAAAUUUCUGUUUAAUGAAGAGAACACAUUUCUAAUCAU